GGGGCGUGGCGGCGGCGGGAGGCCCCGGCGGCCCAGGCGCGGAGGGGGAGACGGUCCCAAGAUGGCGGCGCUGCAGGCGGAGCGCGGGUACGGGCUGUCCUGCGGCCGCCUCGGCCGCGGCACCCGCGUCUCCGUCUUCCACGUCAAGCUCACGGAGAGCGCGCUGCGCGCCUUCGAGAGCUACCAGGCCUGCAAGGAUGCUGUGACAUCAAAACCAGUAAUCCAGUUUCAAGGAAGCCAAGGGCACAUCACAAUUCCGAGGCCUGAUCGCCCUGCAGAAGUGCGGACUUUCACGUUCUAUCUCUCAAAUAUUGGCAAGGACAGCCCCCAAGGGAGUUUUGACUGUAUCCAGCAGUAUGUGUCUAGCAAUGGCAAUAUCCAUCUGGAUUGUCUUGGAAGCAUACAGGAUAAAAUCACCGUGUGCGCUACUGAUGAUUCCUACCAGAAGGCAAGGCAAAGCAUGGCACAAGCAGAGGAGGAAACUCGCAGCCGCAGUGCUAUAGUCAUUAAACCUGGGGGGAGAUACGUAGGCAAAAAGGUUCAGGUGCGUAAACCUGCACCAGGAGCUUCCGAUGCUGUUCCCUCCAGGAAGCGCCCAACGCCAGUCAACCUUGCCAGUGCAAUAAAGAGAGGCAAUAGUGCGAUUUCCCAGAGACCCUUCAAAGAUAGGGUUGUGCACUUACUGGCACUAAAGCCUUAUAAGAAACCUGAACUUAUUCUCAGAUUGCAGAAGGAUGGACUUUCUCAGCAGGACAAGGAUUUGCUGGACAACCUUCUGCAACAGGUGGCAAAUUUGAGCGCCAAGGACAGCACUUUCACCCUGAAAGACUGUGUAUACAAAGAAGUGCAGAAGGAUUGGCCUGGCUACUCUGAAGGAGAUCAGCAGUUGCUAAAGAGGAUACUUGUUCGGAAACUCUGUCAGCCACAGAACAGUAGCAGUUUUCAAGGAGAAGCGCCUUCCCUGAGUCCACCAAAGGACAACGUGAACUCCAGCUCUCCUCCUCAGAAACGAUCCCAGCCUCUGGAGUUUAUUGAUCCGCUAGCCAACAAAAAGCCCAGGAUCUCGCAUUUGGCCCAUAGAACUCAGCCCACUUUCAAUGGGAAACUGAACUCCUCGAACGGGAAGGACGCCGCUGCCCCGGCGGCGCAGCCAGCGCUCGCGGAGUCCGUGAGCUCCAGCUCCAGCCUCCCGGUCUUGGAGCUCCCGAGGCCUCACGACCCCCUUUCGGAUGUCAGCAACGACCCGACUCACAACGGCAGAGACUGUGAGAACCCGGAGACGGCUGACAGACUGACUCAUCCUUUGUCGACAGACUGUCCCCAAACGAGCAAACACAAUUGCAGCUCAUACGUAAAAACCAAGAAAAAAUCCAAAAAGCACAAAGACAAAGAGAGAAAGGAGAAGAAAAGUGAAGAGAAAUGCAAAGAGGAGAAGCAGGACUGUGAAGUAAUAAAAAAUGCUGACUUAAUUAGUGUUCCCCAGGAUGUCACAGGUUUAAAUGGAACAUGCAAUAACUCUAGUGUACCAACAUCGACUUCAGAAAUGCCAGAUUAUUUAUUAAAAUAUGCAGCCAUUUCCUCUUUGGAGCAGCGUCAGAGUUACAAAAAUGACUUCAACGCGGAAUACAAUGAGUACAGAGACUUGCACGCUCGGAUAGAGAGGAUAACUGGACGGUUUACGCAGUUAGACUCCCAGCUGAAACAACUUCUGCAGGGCUCUGAAGAAUAUAAGACAAUCCAUGAUCAAAUUUUACAGGAAUAUCGGAAAAUUAAAAAAACUAACCCCAAUUACAGCCAAGAGAAGAACCGCUGCGAAUACCUCCACAACAAACUGGCUCAUAUUAAAAAACUGAUAGCAGAGUAUGACCAACAGCAGUUUUAGCUGGCACUAGUCUGGACUGGGUAGGGCAAAAAGUCAUCUGGAUGUUACGUUCCCUUUUAUACAACUAGAUUCCUUUCAGAGACGAGCAUUAAUUCCUCGUGGUUGGAAGAACUUGGGGAUUACUUACGAUGCCGAAUCUGCCGUGCCAGCGUCUGAGCCAGGUAGCACCCCAGCACCUGGCAUGAUCCUCUCGAGUUUUAGCCUCUCUGAAUGUCGGAAUGUAACAAAGGAAAAUCUGCUUAUUUGAAGCCAGCGUUUGACACUUAAGGGAAAACUUACCUAAAGUGAACGAAGCUCCCAAAGGUUAAGAAUCGAUAGUUUUCAUGGAUUAAAGUUUGGCAUGAAGUGUAAUUACCCCUGGCCCAGGUCCGCUGGGUUGCAAAUUGUCCUUCAAAUGGUGAGGAACUGGAAUGCUGCUAGGUUACCUCCUUCUCUGGCACCUGCGACUGUUCAUAUGCAAGCUGUCUACUCUACAUGGCACCGCGUUAAAUACACCAAGUACCCAGAGCUCUCGUUGUUUGUUCCUGCUUUUGUCAUCUCCAGUCUGUGCUCUCUUGAGGUGGUUGUGUCAGGAGGAGGGGAGCAGCCCGGGAAUGUGCACUGGGCGCUUUGCGCCGUGCAGAUGCGGAUCCUUCACGUAAGAAUUUCUUUACCCAGUUUGUGCGUUUGGAACCAGCGGGCGUAAGCGUUGCAGUGGCCUCUCCAGCAUGCGCAGUCCAGUCUGCUUGCAUUAUCCUUCAUGUACCAAUGCUGGGAAGACUGAGACCUGUCUGUCUUUGACUUUUAUAAUUUUAUACCAAGGCAGCCAAUUUUAUUAAUUGCUAAUGAGACUAUGGUCUAUUUUUGUAUAAAAAAAAAAAAAAGCAUCUUUUUCUAAAACUGUGCCUCCCUUUUCCUUUUAGGCCAAGUGUUUCAGAACCUUUCCUGUCUUAUAAUUGCAGUAUUACUAAAGCUCGUUGGAUAGUUACCCGGAGAAGUUAUUUUAUUACCUGUAAUGACCCAUGAGAAAGGAUGGGGUGGGGGUGGGGGGUGCGAUCCUUUCUUGUUCUGUUUUCUGUGCAUUUCCAAAGAAGCAGCAGCAGAAAAUCCUGUUCUCAGAACAGGCACCUGAGCUUGGGAGAAGUAAGGCAGCGUUUUCCGUGCGGGUCACUUCCACUGUUGUGCUUUACCUAGCCGGCUUCUCGUUGCAGUCUGUCUCCUUGAUUUUCGGACUCGAAGGGAACACUUUCGGAGUAUGGCCAGGGUGCGAGGAACACGCCAAAAGCACAAAGGUGUUCUUUAACUCUGCUGUUUCUUCCUUCCCCCCUCCAACCCCGUUAAUCCCGCCAGCCUGUGUGAUUUUUACCUCCCACUUCCAUUUGUCUCAAGUAAAGGAUUGCUUUCCUGUGGUGUCUCCUUCCCGCGGAGGCUGCACUGAGGACUUUCCCCCUUGGAGGAGUGGAAUGGCAGAGUUAAGGAGGGAAACAGUUCUGUUACAAGGAAUACUUUUAUUUUUCCGCCCAAAAAAGUGGGUCCAUCUGCUGUAAACAAACAAUUCCAUCCUGGCUAGAUCGAUGCUGCGUCGCCCAAACGGGGCCGCCGCUCGCGCUUUGCCCCGUGGAGGAGCGUCUCUCCCCGCCACGGCGUCUGCAGACGACCAGCGCUUGCCGGGAUUUCGCCGUUCCGCUCUCCACGUGCAGGACCGCUGCUGAAGGGAGCAUCCGCGCGCGGCCGAGCUGCGUCGCCCCGCGGAGCCGCGGCUUUCUGCCGAGCGGGAGGCGUUCGGACCGGCGCGGGGGGCCCGGAGGGAGAGCCCCGCUCGGGAAGGGAGGUGCUGGGAGGCUCCCGAGCCCGCGGGGAUGCCCCGGUCUCGCCCUGUCCCCUCUGAUAACGAAGGUGGGAGCUUAGGGAGCGGUUUGUCUUGCAACGUACCUGCUCGCACACCGCCGUGUGCCCCCGUGGUGCUUGCACAUGUGAGGGAAGGCGGAAAACCGUGGGCGGGCUGAAGGCGAGACGCUUCUGUCCAAAGCGCUUUGUCCCCCCUGCUCGGCGCGGUGUCACCCCGCUCGUUGUCACGGGGUGGCGAGGGGGCUGUGACGCUGUUCCCGCUUCCCUUUGAGCUCAGCCCAACUCGGUUCCAGCAAACUUCCCCGAGCCGCGAGUGGGUCCGGCGCGGGAUGCGGCGCGGCUGGGAGGGGGCACAGCGCCGACCGGGGCGUCUCGCUGCCUCUCCCUGCAAAACCGGGUCCGCGUCGGGCCCGGCUGAGCGGGCGCUCGGGGUUUGGGCUGGUGGCUCUGAAUUUGCGCUGGGCGAGGGAGGCCGGGGGGCUCGGGGGGGGGCCGGCGCGCGGGGGCCGCGGUCACGGGGGACCCUCGGCUCGGGGGGUAGAAGAGGCAGCAGCCACCUAACCAGGAUGAGUCACUUCUUCCAUGGAAACACUUCUCCCUCUGAUCCUUCGUGUUUUGAAUGGGGUUUUUGCUUUUGGGGCUUUUUUUUGGUGGGGGGGGGAUAGAGAUGGAAUCUCAAUCUUUAUACAUCUGCUAUAAGAUAUUUUUGCAAACAGAGUUGUAUACAAAGAUGUAUUGUGUACAUUUACAUGUAUAUUCUGGAACUUCUAAAAUUUGAAUAUAAAACUGAAAAUAUUUAAUGAAUAUCCAAACUGUGAGACCCAAUUAGCAUUCAACAACUUUCCGCUUCACUUUUCUUUUGGACUGUGUUAAAGAAUUGUAGUCAAAUCUGCCUUUUUUUCUUUUUAGAGAUUAUGAAGCUAGGCAAAUUUUGUGCUUUUUGGGUUAAUAGAAACCAGUUCUAGGUGAUUAAGUAUGAUCUUAACUUAUUGAUACUGUGUUUUACUUUGUAAUAUUGUACUGUGGAUAAAACUAUAUUGAGCCAUGGAGUUGGAGUUUACAAAAGAGCUUUUCACUUUGCCAAAAUGUUACAAUUUAAAGGCAGCAUAGUCUUCAGCUUUCCUAAUCUUUUCUUAAGAGCUAGUGUCUUUUUUGUACACUAAAAAGCUGAAUGCUGAUUUUGCAACAUAUAAUAAAUUCACUGUAUUGGAAAACAA